CUGGCGGGUCGUGAUUAGGUCGUGAUGUUGGGAGAAUUUUUUCGAAGUAAGGAGCAAUAUUGCUCGAAUUUCUGUUAAAAAUACGUAGUGGUAUUUGAUCAUUACCAACGUUUUGAUUGCCAACAAGUGCAAGUGCGCACUCGCACUUGCCAAUUGGAAGACAGCUAUAGAUAAACGUCAAAAGACAAUCAUAAUUAUUCACAUCUAUGUAUGUUAUGAUUCCAAGAAGAUGUUCAAUAUGGACAUCGAUUCGAUGUUUUUCAUGUGAAUACCAAAAUAAACAAUUUCUUUCAAAAGAACUCAAGUCGUUACUCGUUAACGAACACCCAAACGGAAGGUAUAUUUAUAAAGAACGUUCAUUCGUUCCUUACAGUAUAAAAAUGGCAUCAACAACAGCAGGCGAUGUGACUUCUAGUGAAAACAAGCAGAACAAAUUGGCACUUGAGAAGUCUCCAUAUCUCUUGCAGCAUGCAAAUAAUCCCGUACAGUGGUACCCAUGGGGUAAUGAAGCCAUUGAAAAAGCUCAACGUGAAGAUAAACUUAUAUUUUUAUCCGUGGGUUAUUCUACUUGUCAUUGGUGCCAUGUUAUGGAAAGAGAGUCAUUUGAAAACCCGGAAAUUGCCAGCAUUAUGAAUCGGUAUUUUGUCAAUGUUAAAGUUGACCGCGAAGAGAGACCAGACAUUGAUAAAAUAUACAUGACAUUCAUUCAAGCUAUAUCUGGACGUGGUGGAUGGCCCAUGAGUGUAUUUCUCACUCCAGAUUUAAGCCCUGUUACAGGUGGAACUUAUUUUCCCCCUACUGAUAAAUAUGGACAACCAGGUUUUCCAACCAUACUAACCAGCAUUGCGCAUAAAUGGCUCGAGAACAAAAGUGACGUUUUAAAAUCCGGAAGCCGUAUUCUUGAAGUAUUGAAGCGUUCAGUCACUGCGGAGAGUCUUCCUAAAGAAGGAGUUGUGCCAUCGAUUGAUUGCGGAUUAGAUUGUGUCCGGCAACUAGCAGGCGGCUAUGAUGAAGAAUUCGGUGGAUUUACAGACGCCCCGAAAUUUCCUCAGCCAGUUAACUUUGAUUUUCUAUUUCACGCAUACGCAAGAGAUCCUACAACUGAGGCUGGUAAGAAUGCCUUGAAUAUGUGCCUGCACACACUUACUAAAAUGGCAAACGGAGGAAUCCACGAUCACAUUGGACAAGGUUUUUCACGGUAUUCCGUUGAUCGGAAAUGGCAUGUUCCACAUUUCGAGAAAAUGUUGUAUGAUCAAGCUCAGCUCUUGAGAUCUUAUGUAGAUGCUUUUGUGAUUACGAAAGAUGUGUUUUUCUCGAAUAUUGUCGAUGAUAUCGUUCAAUAUGUGACCCGAGAUUUGUAUCAUAAGGAAGGGGGAUUUUUUAAUGCGGAGGAUGCUGAUUCACUACCCACUCAUGAUUCAACUCGCAAACAAGAAGGCGCGUUUUACGUUUGGACUCACCAAGAAAUAGAGGAUCUUCUUGGUAAUCCUAUUCCAGGGAAAGAAGAUCUGGAGUUCUCGGAUGUAUUCGCUUUUCAUUUUAACGUUAAGCCAGAAGGAAAUGUGGAUGUUUCGCAAGAUCCUCAUGGAGAACUAAACAGACAGAAUGUAUUGAUAGUUUAUGGAUGUUUAGCUGAAACUGCUGAACAUUUCAAUUUGAGCACAACAGAUCUGAACAAAUAUUUGGAGGAAGCAUGCAAAAUACUCUACCAAGCAAGGUUGAAGAGACCCAGACCUCAUUUGGAUGACAAAAUAGUCACAUCGUGGAAUGGUCUGAUGAUCAGCGGAUUAGCAAGGGCUGGUUUUGCCAUGAACAAUAAAAAAUAUGUAGAGUUUGCCGAAAAUGCAGCUAUAUUCGUUGAACGUUACUUAUUCAAUGCCAAUGAAGGCCUGUUGUUACGUAGUUGUUAUAAUGGUGAAGGAGAUACAAUCACUCAAACGAGUGUGCCAAUAAACGGAUUUCACGUCGAUUAUGCAUUCAUGGUCAAAGGAUUGCUCGAUUUAUAUGAAGCAACGUUCAAUAAGCACUGGUUGGAGUUUGCAGAAAAAUUGCAGGAGAUACAAGAUAAUUUAUUCUGGGAUUCUGUAGCUGGAGGGUACUUUGCUACGACUAAAGAAGAUCAGACAGCGAUUUUGCAGCUUAAGGAUGAUCACGAUGGAGCAGAACCAUCCAGUAACUCUGUAGCAUGCGGAAAUCUUUUGCGAUUAUACUCUUACUUAGAUCGAGCUGAGUUCAAUGAGAAAGCUUCGCAACUGCUUAUCUCAUUCAAAGAAUCUCUCACACGUGUCCCAGCUGCACUUCCAGAGCUAGUAUCUGCCCUUUUACAUUACCACGAUUCAAUGACGCAGAUCUACGUAGUAGGAAGAAAAGAUGCUGCCGAUACGAAUGUCCUUGUGAAUAUUAUACGAGAGAAAUUCAUCCCUGGGCGGGUAUUACUACUGGUCGAUCAUCAGGAUCCCAAUAACGUUAUAUUUAGCAAAAGUAAAGUCAUGCUGAGUAUGAAAUCUCUCAAUAAUCGUGCCACAGUCUACGUAUGUCACCGUCACGUUUGCUCUCUACCAGUUACCGAACCUCAUGAACUUGCUACGCUUCUUGAUGCAAAAAAUUAGUUCAGCAGGAAAUUGUUGAUUCAAUUCUAUGUACAUUUAUGAAUGAUGUUGAUUAUCUCUGUUGUAAAAAUAUACUAUAGUAUGGUAAAGGUGCAGAGGUAUAGUUGUUAUUCUUGGAGAAAAUAUUCGUAUUUCAUAUAAAACGAAGGUGCCGAUGUUCGAUUCACCUUUUAUUCUGUUAUUACAUUUCUAAGAAUUGUCGAUCGAAUCAUAGGGGAAAAUCGAGUAGUAUCGGACAGUAAUAAAAAACUAACAUUCUACAAAAUUGGUCGUACUUACAUUGCGUUAGGUAACCCUCCGUAUGAACGCACUCUUCAAGAGCCCAGCCUUGACAAAAAUCACACCUAAUCUAAUGUUCUUCGAGAAAUUCUCCACAUAUUACACACUCAGUGCGUUCAUUUUCGUUCAGUUCUUUAUGCUGUGUAUUUUUGCAUUUCGAAUUCGACUUUCUUGCCACAGUGCGUCCCUUCUCAUUUUCGAGUUGCAGGACCUUCUUACUAUUUUGACUCCUUAGUUUUUUGUUUUUCAAAUCACCGAAUGAUUAGUAGCAAAAAUUACAGAACAAAUUCUUACCAUAGAGAUCUCGUAACGGUUUGAAUAUUGUUUAUCACACGCACUCAUCACUUUUGAAAUCAACAAAUGCCCAAGAAACAACUUUUCGGACUCCGAAAAAAACACGCGCGACAUACAUAUAUCGAUCAAAGUAAUCCCAUUAAGUGUCUUCAUCUAUUGACAAAUCGUUGAAUCUCGAUGUGGCCAAUACUACUCGCUGUCCGAUAUUACCCAACCCACCCCUAAUAUUUUUGAAAAAUUUAAGCCGGAAAAGGGCUCAGAUGUUAGUUUUUCUUGAGGUACUAGAAUCACAACGAUAAUUCAUGAUGAUUCUAAAAAUGAAUUUUUGCAGGGAGAGUUUUUGAUUAUUUAUCAAUAAUUAAUUAUAAAUUUCAGUAAUUUAAUAAAUUUAAUAAAUUAUUGAAAUUUAUUCGACAGCCGCUCAGCAUAUUCCAGAUGUAUAUCAUAAGAACAUGUAUUCUUAGUAAAAUCUACUCUGCAAUAUCUUAUUUUUGAUCAUUUUUAUAGCAUAUUUUAGAGCCAUAUUAAUCUUAUACCGAGAAGAAUAAAAAUUCACUAUGAAUAAGUAUUGCAUGAAAAGACCUGCAGACUUGUUUAGUUGUAUAUUUGAUAAAAAGAAAAGUGAGAAUACCGUAUCUAGCUAGAUUAUAUAUACGCAACAUUAUACAUAUACAAAGAUUGACGUACUACGUUCAAAUAAAAUUCAGUUUUUAACGAA